AUGCUCAAGUUUUUACCAUCACUAUUUCACCAAAAUUGCCAAAACAUUAGCCCGUUGCUAAGCUUUUCAGAAAAUACCAAUUUGCCGAACAUUCGCCACUGCUCCUGCAAUGACAGUGCAGAGCAAAACAAAAAUCUAUCAGCGGUGCUACAUGGAAAAACAGAUUUGAGAAUGGAAAACAGACCUAUACCCAAACAUGGAGCCAACCAAGUGCUACUGCAAAUGGAAGUUGUUGGCAUAUGUGGUUCAGACGUACAUUUUUAUCUAGACGGCAAAUUGGGCCCGUUUGUUGUCAAAAGCCCCAUGGUUAUCGGACAUGAAGGUUCUGGAACUGUACUGGAAUGUGGCGAAGAUGUUGUCAAUUUAAAACCUGGAGAUAAGGUGGCCAUAGAGCCUCAAAUGAGUUGUAAAAAGUGUAAUUUCUGUAAAAGUGGCAACUAUCAUCUUUGUCCUGAUAUUUAUUUUUGUGCCACCCCACCAGACGAUGGUAAUUUGAGUAGAUACUAUGUCCACGAUGCAGAUUUUUGCCAUAAACUCCCAUGUUCCUUAGAUUUCGAACAUGGAACCCUUAUGGAACCACUUGCAGUUGGUGUACAUGCUUGUAAAAGAGCUGAAGUAUCUUGUGGCGAUUCAGUAUUGAUUAUCGGUUCAGGGCCUAUUGGAUUAGUGAGUUUACUAGCAGCAAGAGCCUAUGGAGCAUCCCGAACUCUUGUCUUAGAUAUAGAUGAUUUUAAGAUUCAAAAGGCUUUACAAUUGGGUGCAGAUUGCGCAAUUAACGUGAAGGGGUGUGAAGAUAAGGCAAUAGUUAAAUCAAUACAUGAUAUUUUUGGUCAUCACCCUCAUAAAACGAUCGAAUGUUGUGGUUUUGAAAAAACUUUCAGGAUAGGAAUGGAAGCUACAAGAAGCGGAGGUAAAAUGGCCUUAGUAGGCAUGGCUACAGACAAGGCACAUUUACCAAUAGGCGAAUGUAUUUUCCGCGAAGUAGAUCUCUUGGGUGUAUUCAGAUAUGCCAACGACUAUCCAACUGCUAUAAAAAUGGUUGAAUCAGGGAUAUUUGAUCCGAAACCUUUGAUUACUCACCAUUUUAAAUUAGAAGAUGCGAAAAAAGCGUUUGAAACUGCAAGUGGUAAGAAGGAAUCUUUUAUAAAAAUUAUGAUUCAUGCUAAUCCCAAGUGGCAGCCAUUGAAUAAAGAGAAAUGCUGA